AUGCCCGUCGCAGAGGUCAAUGUGUCUAAAUUAAGGGCUCUUUUCCAAAACGAUGGUAAUGUGACUGUGACGACUCCUCUAGGAAAUACUUUACUCGAAAUCCAGGGCGACCUAGAGUUUCCAUUGGUUCCGCCAGCUAACGACGCUGACAAUAAAUUUAGCAUAUAUAACAACGAAGACAUAGUAAGAUUCGGUCUAUUGCAGGUAGAUUCAGAUUCGAAAAAGGCUACCAUGCUUGUUGGUGAAAAACAACGGCUUCUGGGUUCAGUGGUUAAAUUGGACUCACCCUUGGGCCUAUUGAAAUUCGACCAUCUCACAGGAAGCGUCGAUCUACAAGACGUAAUACGCUACAAAAUCAUCUUCAAAGAUAGACCACUCCCGAUUAUGUGA